AUCAUCCAUCCCCAUACCUCGUUUGCAUCAGAAGAGACGAGAAUCGUCCACCGUUGCUGCUUCAGCUUCAGCGCUUCUCCCUCUCCCUCUGCCCCGUGGUCUGGCUUGCCUUACCCUUGCCCUUGCAGGUCUGUCCGAGGCACUCGGCUCGACUCGCCUGUCUGGACGUGCUUUUGCUGGCCCCCGGGAGUCUGCAAUCAGCGACGAGGAUCAACGCCCGCCCGCGCCGCGCUUGCUAGAGAGGAGAGAGAGAGAGAGAGAGAACGUUUGUGCAGUCUCACCUUCUCCUUCUACGGCAAAGCAACCUCGAGCAGCGAAAGAAGCAGCGCUCACCCUGUCGGAGCGUAUCUAGCCAUCGACAUGCCGCCUAAAAAUAUCGUCGAGGGUCAGAUCUUCAAGGCCACCUACUCGGGCGUGCCGGUGUACGAAUGUAUCAUCAAGGGCGUCGCUGUCAUGCGCCGCCGCGCCGACGGCUGGCUCAACGCGACCCAGAUCCUCAAGGUCGUCGGCCUGGACAAGCCUCAGCGCACGCGCGUCCUUGAGCGUGAGGUGCAGAAGAAUACACAUGAAAAGGUCCAGGGCGGGUAUGGAAAGUACCAGGGGACAUGGAUCCCCUUGGAGUCCGCCAUCAAGCUCGGGCAGCAGUACAACAUCCAGCUGCUGCUCGAGCCCCUCACGUCGUAUGUCCCAUCAGCCGAGUCGCCCCCACCGGCGCCAAAGCACACGGUCCAGUCCGCGAAUCGCAUCAAGAAAGGGCCUUCGGCCGUCGAGAUCUCGGCGCUGGCACGCGCCCGCCGCGAGACUUCCCUCAACUCGGACAGCGACGACGACGACAGCGCCACGCUCGGCUUGCCCGGCGGUGCAGGCGUUGCAGCGGCAGGCGCAGCUGGUAGCGGUGGCGCGCGGCGUCGGGCAGCGAGCGAAGGGAGCAUGUCUCCGAGCCCGAGCGACGUCAGCAGUUCGUCGCGCACGCCGAGCCCGAUUGCGACGGCGCGGCCCAACGUGCCAGAGUACUAUCAGGAGGGCCGUCCACCGAACGGCUCGGCAGCAGCGGCAGCCGGCGGCGGCAGCGGUUUUGCGCCGGGGUCGCGAGGCGUCAUCCCCUACGGCCAAGAUGCGUACGACCGCGUGGCCGGGUAUGGCGUGCGCGAUGAUGACGGGCUGUCGCGCUACGCCGAGAUCAUCCUGGACUACUUUAUAUCAGAGAGCACGACAAUUCCCCCACUGCUCAUCAACCCGCCGCCAGACUUUGACGCGAACAUGUCGAUUGACGACGACGAGCACACGGCGCUGCACUGGGCCUGUGCCAUGGGCCGCAUCCGCGUCGUCAAGCUACUCCUCUCCGCCGGCGCGGAUGUGUUCCGCGUCAACACUAACGGCCAGACAGCGCUGAUGCGCGCGGCGAUGUUCAGCAACAACUACGACUUACGCAAAUUCCCCGAGCUCUUCGAGUUGCUUCAUCGCUCUAUCCUCAACAUCGACCGCAACGACCGCACGGUGUUUCACCACGUCGUCGAUCUCGCGUUGUCGCGUGGCAAGCCGCACGCCGCGCGCUACUACCUCGAAACGAUGGUCACGCGCCUGAGCGAGUACGGCAGCCAGCUAGCCGACAUGCUCAACUUUCAGGACGAUGAGGGCGAAACGCCGCUGACGAUGGCUGCACGCGCGCGCUCCAAGCGCCUCGUGCGCCUUCUGCUCGAGUACGGCGCCGACCCCAAGAUACGCAACAAAGAGGGCAAGAACGCGGAGGACUACAUCAUCGAGGACGAGCGUUUCCGCGCGUCCCCCGGUCGCACCAGCGCCGCAGCCGCCGCCGUCGCUGCUCUCGCAGCCGGAGGGCCAGGCACGGGCGGCAACGGCAGCGUGCCCGUCGCCGCGCUUUGCGGCCUCGAUGGCAGCGGCGGCGCUGGCGCGACGAGCCUGCAUACGUCUGAGGCGGGCCAGCGUGCCGGCGGGCGCGCUGUGCAGCUGAUGGCCAAGCUGCUGCACCAGCUCGCCGACUCGUACGACGCUGAGCUCGGCAGCGCGGACAAACGGCUUUCGCAGGCUGCGAGCCUGCUCGUGCAGAUUCAGGCUGAGGUGCGCGAGAGCGAUCAGGUGCGCCAAGCGCUGCAGCGCGAGGCCGACGACGGCGACCGCGAGAAGGACGCGCUGGCCCAGCUCGAGGCUGAGCUCCGCACGUCUAUCGCCAAGCGCCACGCAGAUGAUAUGGCGCGCAGCUGGGACACUGCGCAGGACCACGUCAAACGCCUCCGCAUCGUUAAUGGACUCCCGGAAGACGCGCUUUUUUCAUCCAGCGCAGCAGCAGGGGGGCAAGGGGCAUCAGGCGGCGACAGCGAGCAAAAAGGCCCUGCGAGCGCGCAGGACCUGCUCGCGCCCGUCGCGGCGGGCAAGCCGUUGCAGGAGCAGCUUGCCGAGCUGCGCCAGCUCGUGUCGGACGCCAAGGCGCGGCACAGCGCGCUUGUGGACCAGUUCGUUGCCAAGGCCAAGGAGCAAGGCACCGGUAAGACCAUGGCCGCAUACCGCCGCCUCAUCAGCGCCGGCUGCGGCGGUAUCGCCUCCGAGGAGGUUGACGCCGUCGUCACGGCGCUGUGCGACCUGCUUGAUGAGAAUGGCAGCGGCAAGUGCGCUGCCCCUGGCGGUGGCAGCUCCUGUGCGGAUGGCACAGGCAAUGCACAGACCCAGGCCGCCGCGGGCGCAAAGGAUGCAGCCGCGAUGCUGCGCGGCGUUGCGGCUGCGUCGAGCAAUCAUUGAUUCGCAAGGCCAUCAAGAACGUAAGCAGAUGGGAUUUGGUGCUGAAGGGCGCGACGAAGACGAGCACGUAGAAACCAGCGUGGAUGCGAUUGUUCCGUGUACAGUAUCAUCAAAUGUUUGUGGCAUGCAAAAAGGGAAUCACAUGAGACGAUGGGUUC